AUGGAUUUCACGCGACAACAGUGUUUGGAAAUAACAGAUUUAUACCAUCAGAGGCCGAUAUUAUGGAAUCCUCGACAUCCUAGUUAUUUUAACAAAGUAAAGAAAGAUGAUGCUUGGCGGGAGAUCGCAGAAAUAUGUGGUAGAGAUGUAAAAAAUAUACAGAAAAAAGUUGAGAGCUUGAAGGGAUCUUAUAGAAGAGAAAGGGCUAAAGUAAAGAAGAGUACCGGAACAGGGAAAGGAAAGGACGAAACGUAUACGUCACAAUGGUUUGCUUUCGACUACCUCAGAUUUCUGGAUGACAAAGAUGAGCCCCGGAGAAGCAUAAAUAAUCUACAGCCCAAUUCUCCUGAAGAUGGGAUAAACACUUCCUCGGAAAUAGAAGAUUUCACUGAUGAACCAAGGAACAAUACAGAAAUAGAAGCUUCUCAAAAUGACGAACCAGCUCUGGAAACUUCAGAAGGAGCAGCCCCAAGUGAAAUAAAAACAAAGACUUUUAAGUCACCGAAAAAACGUGCAGUCAAAAGGCGUAAGGAAGAAGAAGAUCCAAGAAUAAUGCAGGCUUUUGGAUAUCUGCAAAACGUGGCUUCAGGUUCUGCAAGUAACAAAAGAGACGAUUGCAGCGUCUACGGAGAACACGUUGCCAAUAAAAUUCGAAAAUUUGAUGAUCGUCUCAAAUCUUUGGCCCAGCACAGAAUCAACAAUAUUUUAUUCGAUUUAGAAAUGAGUCACUACAAUAGUUCAGCUGCUCCUCAGCCUUUGCGAGAAUUUGCACCAGGGUAUCCUCAGACCAUGAGUACAAACCAAUACGAUUAUCAGCAAGUAUCCACACGCUUCCCACAAUCUUCCUUUAACAAUGAAGCCUUCCCUCGAAUAACGGCUAGAAUCUGCAAGCCUGAGACAUGCAAAAAGGGUGGCUGUACCAGUAUAACUAUUGACGAUAAGGAAAUGCUAUUUAAUUCUUUCUAUGGUAUGGAUUAUAAUGACCAAAGUUCCUAUUUAGUAAAGUGUAUUGCUAUGGGUGCCCCGAAGAGACGUCGAGCUGGAAAAACCGAUGCAACUUCUAAGAAGUUAGCUGCGUUUACAUACUCAGUAAUGCUAAAACGGAGUGGCAAGUAUGUAUCAAUGCUUAUGUGUAAAAGGAACUUUUGUGAUAUUUUUCAAAUAAAUACCAAGAGAAUUCAAAUACUACUGUCCAAAAUGAAAGAUGGUGUUACCAUUCCCACUGAUCUACGAGGAGUAUUAUUUUCAAAUUCAAAUAAUAUUUCUGGAAUAAAAAUGUCUUCAAAAAGAAACCAUAGUGCUCUUUGGGGCCAUUUCAAAGAUGAGGGCGACAAAAGAGCAAAGUGCAAUUAUUGUUCUCAAUCCAUUAGUAUUGCUAAUGGUUCAAAUGGAAACCUGAAUCGCCACAUGAAAAGCAAACAUCCCUUACUGUUGUUAACGGAACCUGAACCUCAGCGUCAACAAGCCUACUGUGCAUCAAAUGUGACGAAUACAUGCGAAGACUCAAAAACAAGCGAAAGGGCUACAGUACUGAAACCAAGCAGAGCUCAAACAGAAAUUACUCACUUUGUUCAGAGACCGCCAUCUAGUCGUAAAAUAGAAGAAACUGAUAAGCAAGUAAUCAAAAUGAUCGAUAAAGGACACCAUGCACUACGUAUGGUAGAGGAGCCACAAUUUAGAGAAUUAAUUAUAAUGGUAUCUCACUGCCCAAAUUACGAGUUACCGUCUAGGAAAAAACUUUCUGAGUCAUUGCUCAGCAAAAUAUAUAAUGAAUAUACAGAAAAGAUAAAAAUCAAAUUGAAGAAAGCACAAGCUGUGUGCGUCACUACUGAUGCAUGGACAUCCAGAAAUAAUGAGUUAUAUUGCUGUAACGGCCCACUAUAUUGA